AGUGCAAAGUGCAAAGUGCAAAGGAGGGAGAAGAGGAGAAUGGUUUGGGCGUCGAGGGUUUAGUUUAGGGUUUAGGCCCUUCUCGUUUGCACAGCGCCUUUCUUCUCUGUCUCUCUGAGCCGGCGUCUUUCACUCCACCGCCGCCUCUCUUGCUUCCGUCGUCGCCUUCAGCGCUUGCUCUCGUGUCCGUUGCUUCUGCUGUGGUUUUCUUCCGCCGCUGCCUCAGUUCCGGCUUUUGUUUCAAUGAGCAUGGAGACUGCCAAUGAUUCAGAGAUGAGUUUGGGUGGAGAUGGUCAUGUAAGAAGAAGGAGCAGGAAAAAAGCCGUGGCUGAGAGUGGAGCAAGAGAACAUAAAGAGCAAUUAGAGAAACUUAAACAGAAGGACCCAGAAUUUUACGAGUUCUUGAAAGAGCAUGACCAGGAGUUGCUUCAGUUCAGUGAUGAGGAUAUUGAUGAAAAUGUGGGUUCUGACAUGGAAGAUGGAGAUGUACAGCCAGAUGAGGAGACUAGUGACCAAGAAAUUCAAGAGAAGGAAAAACAAUUGUCUAAGAAAGUUAUAACUACCUCUAUGGUUGAAUCAUGGUGCAAAUCCAUUCAUGAAAAAGGGAGUGUAAAUGCAGUCCAUUCUCUGAUGAAGGCUUUUAGGACAGCAUGCCACUAUGGCGAUGAUGGGGGGAAUGAGUCUACAACAAAGUUUAGUGUAAUGUCAAGCGCUGUUUUCAACAAAAUAAUGUUGUCUGUACUUAAUGAAAUGGAUGGAAUACUAAAGAAAUUGUUGAAGCUCCCGGCUUCUGGUGGAAAUCAUGAGACCAUAAAAAAUUUGAUGACCACGAUGCAAUGGAAGAGUCAUAGCCAUUUAGUGAAGUCAUACCUUGGAAAUGCUCUUCAUGUUUUGAACCAAAUGACUGACACUGAUAUGAUAUCAUUUACUUUACGUCGGAUUAAAUACUCUUCACUGUUUCUGGCUGCUUUUCCGUCACUCCUAAGGAAGUAUAUUAAGGUGGUCCUUCAUUUCUGGGGUACUGGGGGAGGUGCCCUUCCAGUUUUCUCAUUUCUAUUCAUCAGAGAUUUAUGUGUACGCAUUGGAUCUCUCUGCAUUGAUGAAUGCUUCAGAGGAAUAUAUAAAGCCUAUGUUUUGAAUUGCCACUUUGUAAAUGCGGUGAAACUUCAACAUAUCCAAUUCCUUGGCAAUUGCAUCAUUGAACUUGUUGGCGUGAAUCUUCAGGCUGCGUAUCAACAUGCAUUUAUUUUCAUCCGGCAGUUGGCUAUGAUUUUAAGGGACGCACUUAACACAAAAACUAAGGAAUCUUUCCGGAAGGUUUGCGAAUGGAAAUACAUGAACUGUCUUGAACUUUGGACUGGUGCCAUCUGUGCCUACAGUUCAACAUCGGACUUUAAACAACUUGCAUAUCCUCUGACCCAAAUAAUUUCUGGGGUAGCCCGUCUAGUUCCAACAGCUAAAUAUUUCCCCCUUAGGUUUUCUACUCACUCUUUUGUACCAGUAUCUAUGCUCCUUUUGGACAUGCUGGAGAUGAAAGAGCUGAAUAAGCCCCCUACAGGAGGUGUUGGUAAAGCUGUUGACUUACGCAGUAUAUUGAAGGUUAGCAAGCCAACACUAAAGACUAGAGCAUUUCAAGAGGCGUGCAUUUUUUAUGUGGUUGAAGAGCUUGCUGAGCACUUGGCACAGUGGAGUUAUUCCGUUGCAUUCAUGGAGUUGUCUUUUAUUCCACUUGUGAGGUUGCGUAGCUUUUGUAAAUCGACCAAAGUUGAUAGGUUUCGGAAGGAAAUGAGGCAGCUUAUACGCCAGAUUGAGGCCAACUGUGACUUCGUGAAUGAAAGGCGCAUGUCAGUUUCCUUUUUACCUAGUGAUCUGGCUGCAUCAUCUUUUCUUGAGGAUGAAAAGAAGUCAGCCUCAAGUGCAUUAUCAAAGUAUGUUGUAACACUCCGCCAGAGAGCAGAGCAAAAGAAUACUUCAUUAAUGGAAUCCAGUGUUCUUGUGGGAGAGGAAGCCUCUGUUUUUGGGAAAGAAAUAUCAGAUAGCGAUGAAGAGGAUGCUAAAAAGAACGAGGAGGGAGCUGCCAUCUUUAGUUCAUCAUGGUUACCUGGAACUGGAAAUGACUCUAAGAUAAAUCACCCCAAAGAAACAAAAGGGAAGAAGAGAAAGCAACAGCGGAAAGAGAGAGCGAUUGAUGAUGAUGUCGUGGAGGACUUGGUACUAAGUUCUGAUGAGGAUGAACCUUCUACCAGGGAAGAUGAUAAUGUUGAUAAUGGGCCUCCAAAACUAAAGCAGAAGAACAAGAACAAGAACAAGCACAAGCACAAGCACAAACCAAAAAGGUUUAAAACAAAAUAAAUCGCAGAUGUCUAGUUAGCAUUCCCUGUCUCUAUUUCUCCUUAUAUGGUGAAAAUGGAAAAAUUUUUGUAGUUUUAUGAUAUUAAUUAUUUAGUUUACAUUUUUACUUUCCAAGGAAAGAUGUUUAUUUGAAAGCAAUGGCACUGCAAUUAUUAAGUUAUAUCGUUGUAAUAUUAAUUUUUGAAUUAAUACAAAUACGGGCUAUAUUUUUAUAUUUUUAA